UUCACGAGGUUGAUAUGAGCAGGGUGAAGAAAUAUGGAAAGGUUUUCGGCACAUUUGAAACCCCCAAACCUACGCUAAUGAUAUCAGAUCCCGAAUUGGUUAAGCUUGUGCUCGUGAAACAUUUCCAAGAACUUCCCGACCGGCGCCAUGUUACGUUUAAUGACCCUAUUCUGGACAACAUGAUGACCAUGCUCCCUGUCGAGCGCUGGAGAAAGAUUCGCCCUGCCGCUAGUCCAGCCUUCACGACUGGAAAGCUUCGUAAGAUGAAUGGCAUCAUACAGGACUGCGCUCGAGUUGCGACACAGCAUCUGCUAAAGGUUGCUGAAAGUGGAAAUGACAUAAAGCCAAAACAGGUCUUUGGCCACUACACCCUCGAUGUUAUUACGCGCUGCGUCUUCAGUGCAAGGAUUCCGUCGCAUUCGACAGAGGCUGACGAGUUUGUUGCCAAGUCGCAGGCAGCAUUCAAUAUGAAACCAACAAUGGCCAUAAUCAUAUUCUUUUAUGCCUGGAUAUUGUUCCCAUGUAUUCAAGUCUUGCUCAAAAUGCGCAUCUUCAGCCCUGACACAUUCCUGUUCCUCAAAAAUUUCUGCCUGAACGUAAUUGAAGAAAGGAAGCUAUCUGAUGUGAAACACCAAGACUUUCUGCAACUUAUGGUUGACGCACAGAGUUCUGGAGCUUACACCACUGCUGACAGACCUCAAGACUCCGAAGAUAGAUUGUACAACCUAGGCAAUGAACAAGCUGCCACAGCAUCGGCUGGCGUUAGAGCACUGACUGAAGAAGAGGCCCUGUCGCAGUGUGUCGCAUUCUUCAUCGCUGGCCAAGAUGCGACUUCAUCGGUGCUGGCCUUCACACUUUACCUACUCGCCUUGCACCCGGAAGUUCAGCAAAGGCUGCAAGAGGAAGUGGAUCGUUGCUUCGAGGAAAACGGUGAGGAGCCAAGCCUCGAUGACAUCUACAAGUUGAAAUACUUGAAUUGCGUAAUCUCGGAGAGCUUAAGGCUGUACCCACCUGCUGUUCGGUAUGAGAGAACGGCUUGUCAAGACUUUGUUCUCGGCAGCACUGGCAUCAAGCUUUCAAAGGGCUGCAUCGUGGGAAUUCCAGUUUAUGCGAUGCAUCACAGCCCCGAGUACUUCCCAGACCCCGAGAAGUUUGACCCUGACAGAUUCAGUGACGAGAACAUCGGCUCCGUGCGACCCUAUUCGUACCUGCCGUUUGGUGCUGGCCCCAGGAACUGCAUCGGGAUGCGAUUUGCCCUGCAAGCCCUGAAGAUGUGCCUGCUCCAUGUGGUCCACAGUGUGGAACUAGUGCAGACGGAGAACACAAAGGUCCCACUGAAGAUGGUCGUGAGCUUUGGUCUGCUGACUGCUGAAGACAUCACCAUUGGUGUGAGGAAGAGAAGACGUCUCUGAACUUCACAUCUGGAUGAACACCUCUGCAUGCCCUAGACCAGGGGUCUCAAACACACGUCCCACAGGUCGCCAGAGCUUUUCAUUCAUACCAGUUGUGAAACUGUGUUCCGAAACACGGACAUGCCUGUGGCCGAUUCUGCGGGGGCCUGCAGAUUGUCGCGCUAUCUGAGAGCAGCAAUAGAAAAUACUAAAGCGCCGUGGAACCGCCCCUGCUAGCGCUUCUCAUGAGCUGCUAAAUGCUGCACGCAGUGCAGGCGUCGCGAGCGUUUGUUAGUUUAUUUUUUAAUCAACAGAUGAUGCACCAAUCAGCAGACCUCCGCGAAUUUGGCCAAUGGCGUGUCCGGAUUUUGAUACAUGGGGCCUAUUGGGGAGCUUCGCAACUUGUAUGACUGAAGAGCUCUGGCAGGCCAC